AUGCGUCAGUUUCAUGCUCAGAUGCGUAAAUUUAUGCUUAGAUCCGUGGUCGUUUUGAUUAGCCUUGGUUACAAUACAGAGCUACGUUACAGUGUACGUUACAGCAUUAAGAGAACGAUGGAUAAAACUGCUUUGGAUAAGUACGAUCGAACUGAAAUCCUUGGUCAAGGAUCAUAUGGCGUCGUCUACAAAGGAAUUGAGAAGAGCACAGGCAAAUUCGUAGCUAUGAAGAAGAUGCGUUUGCAGCAUGAAUCGGAUGGCAUUCCUAGUACAGCUCUUCGUGAAAUGUCGUUACUUAGAAGACUGAAACAUCCUAACAUCGUUUCUCUGAUAGAAGUGAUUUUGGACGAAAAACUGAUUUACUUGAUUUUCGAAUUCAUUAGCAUGGAUUUAAAAAAAUGCAUUGAUCAAAUUCCUUUUGGCGAACUGAUGGAGAAAAAUCAGCAAAAGUCGUACUUGUACCAACUUUUGCAAGGCAUUUGUUUCUGCCACCAGCGCAAUGUCAUACAUCGUGAUUUGAAACCACAGAAUUUGCUGGUUGACGAAAAUGGUGGCCUUAAGAUUGCUGAUUUUGGCCUUGCAAGAGAACUGCAGUUUGCACAAAGGAAAUAUACUGAUGUGGUGGUCACUUUGUGGUAUCGACCGCCUGAAAUAUUAUUAGGGUCCACCCAUUAUUCGAUGUCGGUUGACAUGUGGAGCAUCGGAUGCAUUUUUGCUGAAAUGGCCAUGAAAGUAGCUCUCUUUAGAGGUGAUUCGGAAAUCGAUCAGAUUUUCCGUAUUUUCCGUAUACUGUCGACUCCGAAGGAUGAAAUAGAACGUGGAGUGUUAAAAAUUCCGGAUUUCAUGGAAUGCUAUCCGGAUUACGUGGGAAACAAACUUUCAGAAGUUCUUGCUGGCUAUAUGGACGAGGAUGGAAUCAAAAUCUUGAAACAAAUGCUUACUUACGAUCCGUUAGUGCGAGUCUCUGCGAAAAAACUAUUGAAGGAUCCGUACUUCAACGACCUUGAUCGCACAAAGCUUCCAGCGGGCGAUUAUGACGGAUUUGAUGUGCCACAUCGCAUCUUCUUUUAG